AUUGUGGCUGCUGAAGAUUAAAAUUUGUUCUUUUCCAUGAAAGCAAUGCAUAAGAUUUUUCACAUGAGUGCAAUCUUGUGGAUGUAGUUAAAUGAAUUGCAGAUCGCAUCUAUUUUGAGAAUCCAUAAGUGCGGUGCCAUUCCUACGUACUACGUAUUUGUAUUUUGUUGUGUAAUAAUUUGAAGAAAUUAGACCAGUGAUAUCAACAGGAUUUAAAUAACGCAACCAGCAAUUUUGGGCAUCAGUUUCGUGUUUGAAGUUGUAUAGUUUGAACGAAAAUGGCAAAACCAUUCGGGAAAAAUGCAGCUCCGGCUUGCCAAUGUUUGAAUCAGAAUUCUCCAAUGCAAACCAGGAAAUCUCAAGCCCAAGGUGUAACUGCACAACCUGUGCAGCGACCGGUUGCUCCGCCUACACCAGUAGCAGCCACUAAAAUACCCGAAGCAGUUGCGGCAAAUAACACGCAAACACCAACCAUUGAAAACGAGAAUAAUCAACAAACUCAGCAGUCGCAAGCAUUGACCCAAAACACAACAGAAAGCGAGCUGAUGCAAUCAAAUGUAAGUGAGUCUGGGGAUGAUGCAAAUAGCGAAGGAAAAGGCAGGAAAUUCCGCUGGUUCUCGUCCACUAAAAAGACAUCAGUUAGAAUCAGAGAACGCAAAAUACGUCAAAAUCGACGUCUCCGUAAAAUUCUGAUCCCAAAAAAUGCCCUCAUGGCUUUGCAUGAAGUGAAAGGCAUCAAAAUGACAGAGUUCUCUAUCACCAAUCGAACUGAAGGCGGAUUUUCCGCAAAAGUCUCCGUCAACAAUAUUCAGUACGAAGGAAUUGGAAAUUCUAAAGUGGCUGCCAAAAAUGCUGCAUGCGAGAAAGCUUUGCGUGACCACAUUAUAUUCAAGAUGAUGCAGAGCAAUACUAAGCCUAAACAAGAAACCGAGAGUGAACCAGUUUCAGAAAUGACCCAAAGCGAGGAGGCCGACGUCGAAAUGAAGGAAAGCGAAGGCGAUAAGACAACUGAGGAGGAGGACGUUCCAAUGCUAAAUCUAGCAUCCUUUGCGCUAUACAAACUCUUCUCAGAAUGGGAAGAUCAAGGAUUUGUGAUUCCCGAAUUUCGCCCCUCAACAAAUAACACCAAUACGAAUGGGGCAACCACACCGCCACCGCCUACUAUCAAGCGCGACCUCCCACCGAAUUGGACAACUUUACAUCCAGCUACACUUUUAAGCAUGAUGCGACCUGGAAUCCAGUUCACUUAUCUUGGAGGUGAGGGCCAACCCCCAAACACAAAACAACGUGUGGGAGUUUGUGUUGAUGGUGAGAAUUUCAUUGGUGAGGGUCGGUCACAAAAGCUGGCACGACGAAAUGCCUCUGUGGACGCUUGUAAUAAGCUAUUCAACACUAAUUACACGAAGGAGUAAACUAGGAUUCAAAGCGAAUAUUUUGAAUUUUUUUAAGGACUUCGUUCUAUUUUAUUGAAUCUAUCAAUCACAAUCUUUCCCGUAAAAUGAGAAUUAUAUUAGGUUUUAGAGCGUAGUGGUAUUAAAAUAGUGUAGCGGUAUCCAAUUCAACGUUAAAUGAAUGACACACAGCUACUGUAGGUUUUAUGAAACCCGCAGUAGAACCCGUGCAAAUUUUAAUACUUAGUCUGUUAAAUAUUUUAGAAUUGUGUGAAGAGCACGAAAGUUUUUCAUAAAUGUCAGGCAGUGUUGGCAUUAAUCCAUUUCUCUACUUAACCAUGAUCAAUUGUAUUCGUUAAUUGUUAAUUGAAGUCAUUCAAAUAUAUGUAUUUGAAAUUGGUAAUUUUUCGGAAGAUUUUAGAUAGUUGCUUUGUUCAACACGCAAUUUCAGUCAUCAACUUCUCAACGAUAGUCAUCAUUAAAGUUUGACGACUAAAUUGCGAUUAACGAUCGAUGGUUAAUAUAAGCUAAUCGGUCAUUGGGGUUAAAACUUAAUCCUGAUUAGCUUUUUGCCAACACUGUGUUUAUACGAUCGACGACUGACAAAUGGCAUCUUUGUCCAUAAGCAACCUGAUUGCAAUUGUAUUUUAUCUUAGUACACUUUCUGGUGUAUAAUCUCUUCUAAUUUUGCAUUAUUUCUUGAAUUUAGUCUGUAAAGUGCAUGUACGCAGUUUUAAAAAUAUAUAUUGAUGUGUAAA